AUGACUCCUUCAAACUCUUCAGCCAACCUGGUGUUGUUGAAGGACCAACAUUACAGUCCCUUAACCCUUAAAGCUUUAUACAAAUGUGUCAUCUUCUUCGGUAUAUUUUUCGUCUUGAUCCUCUUCGUCACCUUCUUGCAGCUUCAUCCUCUACAUGAUCAAUUCCCUUACCUCCUCGCAAGAUUCCAGGAAAAAUGUCCACCUUCAUCUUUAACAUCACCAUCAUUAGCAUCCACGUCGUCAUCAUCACAUGUACACAGUAAGUCUCAUUCUAAUUCUAACAACGCCAUUAACGUCAGCGACAUCGUGUUCUGUAUAGCUGCUUCUGUUAAAACAUGGAAGAAAAAGAAACCCUACAUUGAAUCAUGGUGGCAACCUAAUGUUACAAGAGGAUAUGUCUUCUUCGAGGAGGUUCCAGGGAAGGAUUCUCUGCCAUGGCCGGCCACUUCUCCGCCGUAUAAGGUCCAUGAGGAUGUGACGAAGCUCGAGCUUUUCAAGAAGUUUCCGAGCCCUAUUCAGGUGAGGAUUCUUAGAUCGAUCUUAAAGACAUUCAAGCAAAGAGAUCAAAAUGUGAAGUGGUUCGUGAUGACGGAUGAUGACACGGUGAUGGUGAUUGAGAAUCUGGUUAGGGUUUUAUCAAAGUAUGAUCACACAAAGCAAAUGUAUGUUGGGAUGCAUUCUGAAGCCAUAAAGUCGAAUUCAUUGUUCGCUUUUGAAAUGGCGUAUGGAGGAGGAGGGUUUGCUUUGAGCUAUCCGUUAAUGGAAGCCCUAGUUGAGAACUUAGAAGGAUGCAUAGAGAGAUAUACACAUUUGGUUUCUAGUGAUUAUAUUGUGAGUGCUUGUAUUGCUGAUCUCGGAGUUGAUCCAACAUUUGAAAGAGGUUUUCACCAGGUUGAUGCACACGGUGACGUAUCAGGUCUGCUUUCAGCUCAUCCAAAUGCUCCAUUUGUGUCCAUCCACCACAUGGACACCACAGACCCAAUCUUCCCCUCCAAGAACCGAUCAGAGUCCAUAAAGCAUCUUCUUCGUGCAGCCAAAUUCGACCACACUCGCAUUCUUCAGCAAACUAUAUGCCACCACAGGCCAAAUUUCUGGACUUUCUCAGUCUCGUGGGGUUACUCUCUGCAAAUCUAUGAAAGUGUUUUCCCUCGCUGGCUUCUCAAGAGGCCCUUGGAGACCUUCAAGCCGUGGCUCGCCGAGAUCUCGGCGCCGCCGUACUACAUGUUCAACACCAGACUGCCCAAUGAUAAUCCCUGUGAAGCUCCUCAUGCGUUCUUUGCAGAAUCAAUGGAGAAAGUCAGGGUUGAUAGUGGGGAAGAUCAGAUAGUUACGACGUUUAAGAGAAGAUCUCCCAGAGGUUUGAUUGCUUGUCCUCUUGUUGGACACAAGUCUGCUGAUUCUAUCUACAGAGUCAGAGUCUUCUCUCGGGCAACAACAAACUUGCAGGGUAGAAGAGAGUGCUGUAAUGUUGUGCAUGUUGGUUCAAGAGAUGCAGAAAUCAGAUAUAGGACAUGCACGAGAAAUGAAAUUAUUGGGUAA